AAUGCAUUGUAAUGGACAUACAGUAUAAAUAACGUAAAGAAAUUAAUAAACUCGCUUUUUUUUCUUUUUUUUUUGAUUAGUAUCAUUUAUAGCUGCAUUAGAAAUAUCAGUCCCUGCAACAUAAUCCAGAUCUGAACAAUAGCCUUCGGCAUUUGUUAAAAAUCAUUUCCUAACCCUUGGUGCUUCACACAAUGGCAGAUGACAUUUCGCACGAAAUCACUCCAGUCCACCAAUGCGGCCUCUAAAACCACAUAUCUGUCAUUGCGAAAAAGUGCAGUCUGUUUUGUUGGUCUGUAAGUUUUGGAAACGGCUGGAAGAAUGUCCAAAUGUUGUGUGGAAUCGCGGCGGUUUCGCACCACAAUGUUCCUCAAAAUGCUCCAGUCGAUCGGAAAGAAGAGGGAGUUAAUAUGGCUGUCCACAAUUUAUCUGUCAGUGUAGUAAGCUCGCCUUGUGCUGCCGACACGACGCGCAUAACAACCCAUUUAGUUCCCAUCAUUUCAGAGCUUCUUGUCCCCUCCCCUCCAGACACAGACAACAACAUACACCUUAAUAGGGGCGCGUCUCCGACACAGCCGCCGACCAAUAACCCGUCUGUCUGGGCAGAGACCAAGGGGAUGAGCGCUCGCCGAGGCCCAAUCAGCGCUUUUGUGUUGCCUGCCGGUGCCGGGGACUGGUCGUGAAGAGCUACAGCAGCGCUUCAGGAUCGGAGAGUGAACCCGGAGCCAGUGGAACCUGAAGGGUAAAGGCGAGUCAGUCGCCGCCUCUGUUAGAAAACCUCCUGUUGAGGGUUUUUCCUCACCACUCUACAUAUCUGAGCUGAAGUUUGGAGAGCAGCAGCAGAAAGGGAACCAGGCCUGUUACGUCCUAGUGACGAUCCCUACCGGUCAGUUUGGUCUGGAUCAGAGUCUCAAGGAUGGAGCGGAUGUCUGAGGAGGCGUUGAGGCUGAACCUGCUAAAGCGGGGUCUGGAGGCGCCGGAUGAGCGGGAGGAAGCUCUGGCCAAGCGCCUGAAGAUGGAGGGUCACGAAGCCAUGGAGAGGCUGAAGAUGCUUGCCCUCCUCAAACGCAAGGAUCUGGCUGCCUUGGAGGGGGCGGCGGUUGCUGCAGCCAUGGCAGAGGGCAAAGGCCCCGGGGGCAGCCAGGGGCUGAUGGGAGCUGUGCCCUACGAGGAAAAGAUGAAUGGAAGUUUGAGAGUCGGGGGCCAUGGAGGUCCCAGCAAGAAUGGGAAGGAAAACAUAGUAGAUGAACCAGUGGACAUGAGUGCCAGAAGAAGUGAAAUAGUUCGAGAGCGACGCACUCCGUCACCAGACGUUAUCAUUUUAUCAGACAACGAGGCGUCCAGCCCGCGGAGCACGCCCCACCCUGAGGAGAAACUGCAUCAGGCCAACCUGGAGAUGUUUAAGGGGAAGACUGGCGAGGAGCGGCAGCAGAUGAUCAAAGCUCUCCGAGAGGAGCUCAGGCUGGAGGAGGCCAAGCUGGUGCUCCUGAAGAAACUGAGACAGAGUCAGAUGCAGAAGGAGAACGUGGUGCAAAAGGUGCCGGUGGUCCAGAAUGCCCCAUCAUCAGUGCAGCCGUCACCCAUGCACAGCUCUCAGGGGCUCGGGAAACUACCCGUGCGGCCCGGCAUGCACUCGUCUGAGCCUCAGAACCUGCGAACUGCACAGGGCCACACAGUAAUCAGGUCUGCUGCCAAUGCAUCUUUGCCCCCCAUGAUGAUGUCACAGCGAGUUAUUGCACCCAAUCCUGCCCAGCUUCAGGGUCAGAGAGUGCCCUCCAAGCCUGGCAUGGGCCGCUCCUCCACGGGCGGUUUGGGUAAUGCAGUGAGCUAUCAGCAGGCUGCCAGCCAGCAGGUGGGGGUCUCGCAGCGUUCAGGCUCCUCCUCGGCUAUCUACAUGAACCUGGCACACAUGCAGGCAGCGGGAGCAGCUGGCGUGGCUGGCGUCGGGGUGGGAGUGAGCGGGGUUGGUGCUGUCAGCCCCUCCACCCUUUCCAGCGCCUCCAGCGUCGCUUCUCUGAACGACCAGGCCAGCAGCCAAGCGGCCGCUAAACUGGCCCUGCGCAAGCAGCUGGAGAAGACCCUGCUGGAGAUACCGCCACCUAAACCUCCAGCGCCCCUGCUGCACUUCCUGCCCUCUGCUGCCAACUCUGAGUUCAUCUACAUGGUGGGGUUGGAAGAGGUGGUGCAGAGCGUCAUUGAUAGUCAGGGUAAAAUGCGGGGGUCACUGCCACACGUGGAGCCGUUCUUCUGUGCCCAGUGCAGGACUGACUUCACCCCACACUGGAAGCAGGAGAAAAGUGGUCGCAUCCUCUGUGAGCAGUGCAUGACGUCCAAUCAGAAGAAGGCCUUGAAGGCCGAGCACACCAAUAGGCUGAAGAACGCUUUCGUUAAGGCUCUGCAGCAAGAACAGGAAAUAGAGCAGAGGUUGCAGCAGCAGGCUGCUCUGUCUCCCAGCUCCGCCCAGACUGUGCCCAGCGUGAGCAAAGCGGAAACCAUGAUCCGACACCAUGCCCUCCGACAGACUCCCCAGCCACAGGCCGCUCUACAGCGGGGCCUGUCCAGCUCAGCACGAGGUGUCCUCUCUAACUUCGCCCAGGCCUCCCAGCUCUCAGUGGCCAGUGGGCUGCUGGGUAUGACAAGCAAGCGCUGUGGCGGCAGCAGCAGUACCAGCGGCAGCAGCAGUCGGGCCCAGCAUGACAGCCGCAGGCAGAUCUACAACAUACCUGGUCUGAAUAUUGCCUAUCUAAAUCCGGGAGCCAUCGGGGGCCACAAGGCAUCCAGCCUAGCGGACCGUCAGCGGGAGUAUCUGCUCGACAUGAUUCCCCCGCGCUCCAUAUCCCAGUCCAUCACCGGGCAGAAAUGAGCCCUGACGGGACUGCAGACCCCCCUUCCCCCCCCCUCGGACGCCCCACCACCCCUCUGUUCUACAUCAGAACAUCCCCCGCCCCCCCCAACACAUACACACGCACACCAUCACCCCAUCGCAUGCAGUGCCUGUCCGUGUGCCUACCCAACUAACCCAUAAGAACAGCUCAAUCAGUCAGACUAUAAACACCAGACUGUCAGUGCAUCUCAAACUUCGGUUUCCUACUAUAGCAAAGCUCUUUAUUGUUAUCUCAACUUAUUAUUGCUGUUGUUAUUGCUACUUCUAUUAUUAUCACAGUUAUUAUUAUUAGUAUUAUUGUUGCUUCUGUUACAGUUACUCUUAUUACACUUAUUAGUAGGUUUAGUGGUUUUUGCAUCUUUUUAUGUUUUUUUUUCUUUUCAGAGGGAGGACGCCAGAUUGCAGGGUCACUUACUAAAAAUAUAAAGUUUUUUGGUUCAUUUGAAAGCUUCCUCCCUCAGUCGCCCCUGUAAAAUUAGACUCAUUCUCUCUCACGUCGUAUAUGUUCAGUUUCUGAGUUGGAAUGAUUAAGGCGUUCUCACCUGCAGAGAGAGAGAGAGAGCAGAAUCUUUGUAGCGUUACACGUUUGGAAAGUCCUCCAAGAACCUUCCGGUUCAGAGAGAGCGAGACAGACUCAUGUACAUCGAUCAGAUUGAUCCUUAUGCAGAGCGCUGAUCUAGUCAACGUUGAGAAGGCCACGCAAACUGAAAACGGGCCAGAAAGGACCUGCGAAUGUACGGAGAAGCCCGUUACUUGUGCGUAUGUGUCCACAAACAGGAUCUAUCCCGUGUCUCUCAAUGCCUUCACUUUCACAGGAUGCAGUGAUGUCAUAUAACUUCUUUUGUGGUGACGUCGUGUUUCACUGCACAGCAGAGAAUGAAGCCAGAGAGUAUCAUCGUCAUUAACUUUGUCUCUUUUUGAUUUUUGGGUGUUUUUUGAGAGUGUUUUUCUUUUCCCCCUUCAGUCUUUUUUGUACUUUUUAUUUUCGUCGGGCGGCGUCUCCAUCUGAAAUGGCCGUGUAUCUUAAAGGUACUUGCCACAGGAGACGAUAAUCAUUGAAAUGUCACAUAGGUGGAAUUACUGGGGGAAAAAAACGGUUUAUGCGUAGAUUGUUAACGUGAGUUUUAACAGAAGGCAUUGACAAGGAUCAAUCAUCGUGUUAAAGCAAUGCACAUGAGAUGCCUCGUUAUGGAGGAGCACUUUUCUUCUUAAUAAGUGGGGGGAAAAAAUGGUUAAACAAUAGAGGACAAGAAUGUUUCAGCUUAAGGUAUGGAUGCCAUCGGAUGUCUCGGAGAGAGUUGGGAGAAAGAUUUUUUUUGGUGCAUUUCAUCUUUUCGAAAGAGACCAGCUUUUUCGACCCCCACGUUGAAUGAAUGCAUUUCAAGUUAUGGUACGUGUGUUUGUUUCAGUAGACAUGCAAGCGUUCCUGGAGGCGAUGGCGACAAUAUAAGCAGUGUUUAGUCGAUAUGCAGUAUUAGGGAUGAUUUUGGACUCAGAUUUAGCUCCCAUCGACGCCUUUUAGUGAGGCAUUGCUCCUUGUUUCAGUCACGAAUGGCUUUCAAAGGGUUUAACAUCUGCUUGUUGACAAGAAGUUGAGCACUUAACAUUUUUUUUUCCUCCCCAACCUAAGCAUUUACCAUGACGCGUUUGGUUCUUUUGGAAAUCAGACUUUGAAGGUCUGUCAUGCAGGUCAUGUUUAAUAGCUGCGAGGAAGCUAUGAAGUGGUGAAUUAAUGGAAAUUAAUCUGUGCACAUGUAUCUUUCUGUCAUGUGUAUAGUCACUGAUCCUUGCAGUUUGCAGUUUUUUUUAAACUGUGUCCUGUAUAACACCACUGAUUUGUGGUGGAACGAUGCAACUUUUGAACAAAACAAUUUUGAAGCUACCUUGGAUUAAAUUUUCAGGUGCAAUAUUAGAUGAUAGGAUGUUUACAUUUUUAUUGUUUUUUUUUUCUUCUUUUUUUUUUCCUGGUAAUGAUGAUAAAUCAGUCCCUUUUAGUCAUUCUGUUCAGUCUUUGCUCCAAUUUUAUGAUCUGUAUUUUUUUUUUUUUUUGUUAUUUUGAAAUGAACGUAGGGUGUUUAUAAUAACUCAUUUCUCUCUCCUGCUCUCUCUUGUAGACUAUAUUAGAUGCAUCCAUAUACCUGUGUUCAUAUAUGUACGAGAAAGUUGGAUUUUGAAGUUUAACUUCCUUUUUGACUCCUCGAUUAAGUUCCAUUUUUGUUUGGUUGUUUAAUUUCAGCUGUUUCUUAAAAAAAAAAUAAAAGAAAGAAAAAAGGAGAAAAAAAAUCAAAUUUAAUCAAACAAAAAAAAAAUGUAUGAACAGAUGAUGACACGAUAUUUGCUAGGUCAGAAGUAAUAAUGACUUAUUGUACAUAUGCUUUUUUCUCCCUUGAAUUAAAAAUAAUGAAAUGAAAUUAAAAUGGUUGUAUAUUGUGUAGAAAAGCAAACAAAAAGCCAUGAAUAUUGUGAAGCUUGUCAUUUCGUUUUGUGAUCACUGUGUAUUAUUGUGUAACAAAUGUGCAAAAUGUAUGGGAUUAUACUUCUCUUGUUUUUGAAUGAGCUCUUUAGAUGCAUUUUCUCCCCGGCUGUACGUUUUUUGUAGUAUGUAGUAUUUGCAGAAGAAAAAAAAAAGUUCAUUGUUCUGGUGGAGCGUUUGAUCCAUUCUGUGGACAUGAUGGGACAGUCUCGUAUGUUACUUUUUUUGUUACCUCUUUUAUUUGUUUUCACGUUUUAUUUCAAACAUUGAAGUUACGUAGAUGUUGGGUGAAUAAGUUCUUUUCUCUAAUGUCCCACACAAAGAACAUGGACUGGAUGAAACAUUUGACAGUAUUACCCCUCACUUGACCAAAUCCAAAGCGAUCAUCAUAAAAACGAAGCACGCUAAUGCUUUAGCUAAAUUACUGGGUGCAGAAAACCCUACGGGGAGAUUGUGUACAUUUGUUUUCUAUUGCUUACAAUACAAACUUUCCUCAGUAUAUCCCAAUUUUUUUUCUUUCUUGGGAAAAAUCACAAUGCUCUUAUGUUUUUUUUCAUGGAAGAUUGUAUACAUUGUAUACGAUGAAGAGAAAAAAAAACUUUUUUGUUUGAUUGUUUUUGACUGUUCCAAUGCUUCUUGCCUUCAGCCUUUAAAUCUUAAGACAAAAAAAUGGACAAUUUGCACACAUGCAAGUUUUGAUCCUAAGGUUUGUGACAUUAUUAGUUUCAUGUCAUGGAAUCACUGUCCAUAAUUCUCUGACUGGACAAUCAGCUUUUCUGGAGUUCUAGCGCUGGGGUUUACUUCUCUCUUCCAUUUUUACUUUCUCUGCAAUUUUUUUCCCCCCUCUCCCUGAUUUUUAUUUGUUGCAAGUCUUUUUGUUGUUGUUAUUGUUGAAGUGGGAGAGAGGGUUUGGGGUCAUCAUUUCUUUUCUGAAUUUCAUCUGAACUUUCAUAUAUUUUUAAAUAGACUUAGCUGCAAUUUACCCAGUUUGAAUUUUAAAGCAAAUGGCAAUAUGUUGAAAUCCGUUUGUAAAAAAAACAACAAAAAAAACUAUGAUUAAUUAAAAUAUGUACAGUUAAAAAAAGCAAAAAAAAAAAAAAAAAAGAAGUACUGGAGAUUGGCUUAAACGAUUAUUGAUUUUAGUCAAGGAAAAGAAGUGCUUUUUGUCAAGUUUUUAUUUUCAUUUAGAACAUUAAUCCAGACCUUUUGCACAUCCUUGAUAUUUAACUGUCUAAAAUGGAGAUGAAAAAAUGCUGUUUGAUUACUGCCGGUUGAUUAACAACAAUUAUGCAUUGACUGAAAAAAAAAAAAAAUAAGCUAAUUUUGGAGGAAAUAACUUUGUAAUAUUUAUCACUUGCAAGCUAUGUUUAAUAAAGGAUGGAACAGUUUA